AAAAACUGGCGGGAGGCCGUCGGGUGCACAUCCGCCGCCACUCAAGAAGCUUGCGUAGUUCGCAGUAGGCGUAUCCGACGGCUUUCUCACCCUUCCCUGUUUACCUUCACGCCGUUCUCUUCGACGUUCAGGAAACUGCCCCGCCGGUACGGCUCGCACGUUGGUCGACCAAGACGCAAGCAAGUAGCCGUGUAUUUGCACUCUCAAGUAUUCUCGGAAACCAUGUCUUCCUUGAGUGUGACAGCGAGUGGAAUAGCAGUGGCCCUGGUCGCUGCUUUUGCUUGCUCCGCAGCCAAUCCUGUGGGGCUCGUGGGUGGGUGGCAGAAGCAUAACUUUGCCGAUGAAGCCAUAUUCGAGGAGCUGGCCCAUUACGCCGUCUCACAACAAGUCGACGGCCGAGAAUUCUUCGAUACCGUGCUCGAGCUCGUGGACGUUGAAACGCAGGUCGUCGCCGGCAGAAACUACCGGCUCAAGUUCAAGACAGCUGAGUCCACUUGCCGAGUGACCGAGUCCUACAAACGUGAGGCCUGCCUUCCAAAGUCCCGAGAGACGGUGAAGGAUGUUUGCACAGCCGUCAUCUACGACGUACCUUGGCUCAAGCAGCGUUCCGUGACGUCAUUCACCUGCGAGGGCACCGCCACUUCAAAUUAAGGUUGUCUGCUGAGGAGGCUGGCUGUUAGAGCACCAGAAAAUCUUGUUUGGCUUGCUUUUUCGCAUCCUAAUCACAGGCUAAAUAAAGCUGAAAUAAUUUUUGAGCUUUAA